AUGAGCUACUUCCGAAUAACCCUUCAACGCUCCGCAAUCGGCCUCCCACGGCGCUCAACAGAUGUUCUGAAAGCGCUCGGCCUGAAGAAGCGCUCGUGUACCGUCUUCCACAGAGUCUCGCCGUCAGUCGCAGGCCAGAUCAUGAGAGUCAAGGAGCUGGUGUCGGUUGAAGAAGUGCAACAACGCCUGACGAAACAAGAGGUGCAUCUUGAGCGCAAGCCUGAUCCGGGGUAUUAUGUUGAGACGAAGUAUCAAGACAUGGAGAAGGUUAAGGAGGUAUAA